CUGCAGGCGCUAUUUCUUCAAGGGCUAAGCACAACUCUAGCCCCCCGCCCCACGCUUGCAAGUGGUCCGUCCUUCCCCUUCUUCACCGGCCGCUUUGGUUGAAGCCAAAACACGACAUCAUGGCGAUUGAUGGUGGCGAGCGUAGCUGUGGAGUACAUGAGUUGAUCUGCGUCAGAAAAGUUUCGCCGGAGGUGCUUGGAUUCCUGGCAGCCGUCGCACUCGUCAUUAUCCUCAUGACGCUCCUCUUCUGGUACCUCAACAACAAGUUGCCACUAGAUAAUGCAGGGAGCCUUCAGUGCCUUGAUGACUUCAGGAAAAACACAGAAUUGCCAGAGAAGGUUUACACUGACGGCGACCAGCAUGCCUCAUCAUCAGACAGCGAGGAUGAAUUGAUGGGUCAGUAUCAAGAAGCAAUCAGCCGGGCCCAAGGUCUCAGAGGAGGAGCCAAGCUGUCUGCUAAUGUCAAACAUGCGGGACACUUCAGGUGGGAGAACCGACAGAAGUACAUCCCCCUGACGGCUGAUUAUGAUGGCUACAGCAGUGACGCCUCAGCUGAUGUAGCCAACUGCAUUCAGAGGAUGAGGCGGACACCCCCCCUUGAUGAACUCCAACCUCCGCCAUAUCAGGAUGAAAAUGGAUCUCCACGGAUGUCUUGUACACUGUCAGACCUGGGUGACGCCAAAUGUGAUCUAUCACAGACCAGUGGUAGCCCCCACCUUUCCUUUCGCAAAUGCACCAGUGAGGGAAGUGAUGGCCAUGAGACAGAGAGUUAUUUAAACAAGGGCUAUGAGGAGGAUGUGCCCAGUGACAGUACUGCUGUUCUCAGCCCAGAGGAGAUGUCAGCCCGCGGUUCAGCAGCUCAGCUCCCUAAAGGCUACGAACCAGAUCAGGUUGCAAAAUAUGGGACUCUCGACGUAGCGUUUGACUAUGAUCCAGAGGAGCAGCAGCUGGCUGUGACCAUCAUGGCGGUAACAGACCUUCCCAUCCUAAAACACACUGGCAACAUCUCCUGGCAGGUCCAUCUGGUGCUGCUACCCAUGAAGAAGCAGAGGGCUAAGACAGGAAUCCAAAGAGGUGCAUGCCCUCUUUUCAGAGAAACCUUUCACUUUUGCCAUAUGGAGUCUGAGAUGAUCAGCAACUACGCGAUCAGAUUUAGACUUUACAGUAUGCGGCGGAUGAAGAAGGAGAAGGUGCUUGGCGAAAAUGUGUUUUAUCUCACCAAGCUCAAUCUUCAGGGAAAAAUGUCUGUGCCGGUCAUUCUAGACCCAUGCUGCACAUACCCAGGUGCUGAUUCCCAAAUCAGUCUCUCAGAUAUGACGUGCAGUGAAAGCGCCUCAUCGUUCCCAUCUGUCAGUCAGACUUCCACACCAGAGAUUCUUGUGGGCCUGGUGUACAAUGCCACAACAGGACAUCUUUCUGUGGAGGUCAUCAAAGGAAUCCAUUUCAAGAACCUAGAAACCAAUAAGCCACCCAAUGGGCUGUUCUGUUGUCUAAAACACUUGAUAGGUGGACAGGUUUAUAUUAUCAGAGACACAUAUGUUAAGCUGACCUUACUGAACUCCAUUGGCCACGAGAUGUCCAAGUGUAAAACAUCUAUCUGUCGAGGCCAACCCAACCCGACCUACAAAGAGACGUUUGUCUUCCAGGUUGCCCUUUUCCAGUUGUCGGAUGUAACACUCAUCCUCUCUGUCUACAAUAAGCGCAGUAUGAAACGCAAGGAGAUGAUUGGCUGGAUCUCACUUGGGCUCAACAGCUCUGGGGAGGAAGAGCUCUCCCACUGGACUCUGAUGAAAGAGUCCAGAGGACAGCAGGUUUGCCGCUGGCACAGUCUGUUAGAGUCCUAACUGCAUCCCAAACGUACACAAGAAUAUGACCACUAACUUUGCACACUGUUGUCAUCCGCAUUGAGUAAAAAAGAUGGUGAACCAGGCUGCUGGUGAUAAAUCUGAAGGAGCCACUACUCACUUUUUAAUUCCAGUCAAAUUAAUUUGAAACCAGAAAAAGAGAAAUAUAAUAUAUUGUUCUCAGAGAAAACACGUACAAAGCCUUUACAUCAUUAACGGAACUGCAGUGGAACCUCUUAAGGUUGAACACAAUAUGUUCCAACAUGCUGCCCAACCUCUGAUUGGUUUCCCAAGCAGUUAUAUGUAACAUUUUAAGAUGUGCACCUCAUAUGGGUUUAAAUCAAAGUUAACCGCUGUUAAUAUUACAGUGUCAAAACAUUUUGUAAUCACCUUUAACUGGACAAGUGAUCCAGGUUACUGCUUGUGCUUGGAAGGUGGACGCCCACAGAAAAUGUACCUCACAUUCCAUUUUUCUGAUUUUAAAAUUACUGUUAACUUGUAACUUGCAACCAUGAGAGAGAUGUGUACUGCGACUAUUUCCAGUCUGGUGGCGAUCAUAACGUUUAGUCACAUCACUUACUUUUCUGCGGCAGCAUCACAAACAAACCGGAAAAGCACACACACAAGCCAAAGAAAAAAACAAAGCACACCAAGGCCUGGUACACAUAAAGAUUUGUCAAAUCUUAAAUUUGUUUUUUUUUUUUUUUGAAUCUUUGAAAGACCUCACCCCAACUCAUAAAGACAAAAGUCUUUUAACAGUUUGGGUCGUAUCGUGUGUUUAGUGCUCCGAUAAUCCCGACACAGGAAAGCACACACAUAAGGAUUAUGACGUACGACGACUGCCAUCGAAUAGCCUAGGUCAGUACCAAUAGCAAUCGAUCCCAGGUGUCAAACUCAAGGCCUGGGGGCCAGAUCUGGCCUGCCACAUCAUUUUAUGUGGCCCGCAAAAGCAAAUCAUGUGCAUCAACUUCCAUGAUACUUGCUAAAAUCCGUACCAAAAUUUCAAUUGUCUAACAUAAAAAAUAAUUAGGUUGACAUAUUUUAAGUAUUUUUUGUAACCAAAACCCUCUUUACAGUAACUUGAACAAUAGCUGAACAAACUACUAUUCUUGACAUCUGAUUUCAAAACUAGUUUUUGAUUAAUUUGUUGUCUGUAUUUAAUACUAUGAUCAGGCGAUGAAACAUUGAUAUGGUUUCAUAACGGCCCUCGGGAGGGAAACCGAAACUACAAUGUGGCCCGUGACAAAAAUUUGUUUGACACCUCUGCAAUAGAUCAUUAAGAGAAGGAGCAGCUUUAAAGAAACGUGGUUAGACCUUCGCCUGGCAUCUGCUAAGGUGACUCUGUCGAGGUGUGGGCUAACUAAAACUGGGCUGGAGUUUCAUAAGUGGCUGUUAGAACCUUGGCAAAUCUUUCUCGACACCGACUUAAGGUUCAUUGUGUAACUCGCAUGGACAACGGGGAGCCUUAACCCUUUAAACGGAGAGGCGGUCAGGACUUCCGUGGUACCAUGAGUACAAGGGAGCCUGGAUAAGCGAGAUCUGGUGAACCCACUUUUUUUUUUACAAAAUUUGACAUUGGCUAGGACAUGUCUGUUUGUUUGUUUUGUUUGUUUUAUGUUUAGUUUUUUUGCAGGGCCCAUUUUUGAGUGGUUACAUUCCAUUCCAUGUCACAAUUCACGGCAUCAUAACUCUGGGAGACGUCCUCUUUCACCACACACAUGAAGAGUUUUGGUCAUAAAUAUUGAAGAUGUUCGUGAUUUAAUAUUCCCGGACCCGACCUGUUUCGGACCCUAAAAUUGGGACGAAUCCACUCUUAACACACCUCUGAUCCAAGGACAAUCUUUUAGGAUAAUCUUAUAAGACAUAAGAUUGUCCUGCGUUUGACGUGCUUGGUCGGGAGGGCGAAGAAUUGGAACAAAAACAGCCCGAUUGUCUUUAUGCGUGUACCAGCCUGAAUAGUCUUUUUGUCCGACUAUUUUUGGGGGGAAAUUCAAGUAAAACGUCUGAAUUGUGCGACAGUGACUUUAGAGGUUCCACUGUAUUGUGUAAGUUCUUUGCUAUUUAUGUUUUUAAUUCACAAUAUCCCAAUUUGGAAUGUUUAAAGCCAACACUGCCAACCCAUCUCAACAUUGUUUUAGUUUUGCCAUAAGUAACAAUGAAAGAGAAAGCACAUUUACAAACAAAAUAAUCUGAUAUCACUGACUGGAUGUCUUGUUUAUGUAUUAAAAUCAUCACUUUCCAGCAGACAUAUUACGCAUGUCUUAAUGUCUGUGACAUGCUUUCUUCAAAAUACUUCAAACGAGCCGCUGCCCGCUCCACUGUAAAUUGUGCAACAGAAGUACAGCUUUGCGUUGCCAUGACGACAACGAGAGACAGAGCAAGUCAGAAGAAAUGUCCCAUACGGAAAUGAAAAAGAUCGAUUGUAUUUUUGUGGAAGGGGGGAAGAACUUCGUCACCAUGCGACCGGAUUACACUUGUCAAUUCGUGUGCGGAUCCGUGUAUGUGGCGUCAUGCAGCGCCCAAAUCGACAAACGCGAAGGACAAUCAGAUAUGUUAAAUAUUGUAAUUAUGCCAUAGCUACCGCAGUACUUUUAUGACAGUAAGUUUUCAUCCAUGAUUGACAUGAUGAGACAAAUGAAGUGUUUAAAUGGCUAUUAAGUACAAAUACUCGGUUUUUUUGGUUUUUUUUUUUUUUUCCCAUACAGUUUUCCUCAACUAAUGUACUUUGAAUCCACUCUGGCAAUGAAGCCCAUUCUCAAUGAUGCCACCUCAAGGCCAACUCUGGUGCUAUGGCGGCUGCUUUGUAGAGAAGCGUAAACAAAAAAAAGUGUUUCAUUAUUACUGACAGAUUACAGCACUCCACUCUUAAACUACAGUGAGGAUUGAUAGUUUGCUGGGGGGAAAAAAGAAGAAAAAAAAACACCCUAUGGGUGGACAAAGGUGUAAUUUCUAGCAUGCCACUUUCUCACUUCAUGUACAGACAACCAGAAAGUGCACAAUAAUCUUUACAGCUCCUGUACUUGUGCUUAGUGCAGUGUUUACAAAGUGCGCCUGCGUGUGGUAUGAAAUGUGUUGAAAUGGACAGUAAAGUGAGAAAAGGCCA